AAAUGGGCUUUAGUCACAGGUAAAUCGCGGCCGUGGCCGCUCUCAGGUUUCUCUUCGUACAUACGUAGUGACUGGCUGUAUUGUUUUGCGGGUCGAUUUUAUCACCGUCUCCGUAUCGAUGGCAAUCUCGAAUAAUGACGCGAUGGUGAGUAGCAUGGCACACACGGAGCGGCUCGUGGGCGACGAAUGCCGCAUCUGUCUCAAGUCCUGCACAGAGGUGUGCCAGCUCUUUCGCGACGACGGCGGAAUACCGGAGAAGCUGAUGGCUAUCGCCGCCGUGCAGGUGGAGCAAGGAGACGGUCUGCCAGCUGCCAUCUGUUUAUCUUGCAAUCAUCUGCUGGAUGUAUCCUAUGACUUCCGAUGUCAAAUUCAGAAUGCCGACGUCAGACUACGUCAGAUGUUGAAAUUGCAGGUUCCAUCCAUGUUACAUGACUCAAAGGAUGCUAUGAUAAUUAAGGAUAUUGCGGAUGCUGUAUCCGACGUAGUGUCUUGUAAAAAGAAUAAUCAUGUUAUAGAGCAGGAUAUUUAUUCAUCUCACGAUAUUGUUACUUUUGAUAAUACUGCAGUUCAGCCUAAUAUAAUUAACGAUGAAUCUCAUAUAAAUCACAAGUUUAUGCAAAAGCCAGAAGAAAAUAUAGAACUAAUUGAAAAAGUUAUACCGUACACUACACUUGAAGAGAAUGUACAUAAUGUUGAAAUGAUGGAAGUAUUAUGUCACGAAACGCAUAUGGAGGAUGCAAUUGCUGAUCAUUCAGAUCAAUUGUCCAGUUCAACAACAGAAGAUAAAUGCAAGCAGGAACAGUUAAUGCCUGAAGAUAAUGAGACAUCAGGAAGUGUAAUGGAUGAAAGUAGGGAAAACAUAAAAAUUGAAAUUAAGAACGAUGUGCUUUUGGAACAUUUCACUGAUCACAAUGUUUCAAAGGAGAUAACAAUGUUAGGUACGGACAAUCAAGAUACAAAAGGCAUUGCAAACUGCAGCGAUGAUGAGGAGAAGCCACUCAUAAGCAGGACAACCAGACAGAAGUGCUUGCAUUGUAUUAAAUCGUUUGCGACAAAGGUAGCAUUGCAGCGACACAUGAAUGUGCACAAACACAAAACAAAGCUGCGUUAUGUGUGCGUCGUGUGCGAUAAGCAAUUUUCGAACAUUGACAAAUUAAAAAGCCACAUGCCUACUUGUCAUGAAACUCAGAUGUCGGAUAGUAAAGCAUUGCAGGAUGAUAAGAAGGCGAAUAAAGUGUCGGCAAAAGUUACUAGAAGUGGCAAUGUGAUAGACAGCACGAGAGAGGAGAAGAAAAACUUCAAGUUUACAUGUAAAGUCUGCUCGAAGCAAUUCAUAUAUCAAAAGUCUUUUUUGUCUCAUGCUAAAAGUCAUGCCGAAUACAAUGUGGAUAUGUCGGACGACGUACUUGAUCAAUCAGCGAAUAAGAUUACGAGCGAGCAGAAGGAAAGGACGCCGACGUUUAAGGAAAACGAAUCUGAGGAAGAAGAGGAAGAGGAGGACGAUGACGACAGUGAUUUACCGAUUGAAAGUCUACAGUGUACUCAGUGCGGGAAACUUUUCGCUACGAAAAGGAAUCUGAAGAGGCACAUCUCGACACACAGCGGCUUGAAAUUCAAUUGUUCGACAUGCGGUAAAGGAUUUUCGAGGAUCGACAAAUUGAAGGAUCAUGAACAAUCAAAACACAAAGAGGAAAUAUUUGGUAAUACUGACGACGAGAUUGAUGACGAAGAAGAUAAUGAGAGCAAGAUCAACGAGAAUUCCGAAAACCGAAAGAAGGACCGACACAACAGGCCACACAAAUGCGCGCUCUGUCCAAAAGCGUUUGCACAGGCUCAAUCUCUGGCAAAUCAUGUAGAAAGACAUAAACGAGUGAAGGAUACGCAGAAGCGGUUUCUCUGCGAAAAAUGUAGUAAAUGCUUUGCUCAGAGUGGCUCGUUGGUGGCACAUAUGCGCACUCACACUGGCAUCAAGCCAUACGUAUGCAAUGUGUGCAGUCGUGCCUUCACCAAGAGCACGUACUUGCAGCUACACCUGAGAACUCACAGCGGUGAGAAACCGUAUAUCUGCCAGUACUGCAGUAGAGCGUUUGCUCGGGCCAAUACUCUGGCGCGGCACAUCACUAUGCACACUGGUGAGGCCAAAUAUCAUUGCAACAUUUGUACCAAGUCCUUCCGGCGAUUGACCUCACUAAACGAGCACACGUAUACACAUACUGGCCAACGGCCGUACGCGUGUAAGCUCUGCACUAAGAGAUACAAUAACGCUGGCUCGUUAUAUGCCCACACAAAGAAGUGCAAAGCACAACAGCUUUCCAGUUCGACAACGACUGCGUUUGCGGUAUCCACGGCGGACAAUACUCCCCAGCAAAACGACGCGUCCAUGCCCCAGCUAUUGAUAUAUUCCCAGAGGAAGCUGGUAGAAGAGGCGACUGUUGCUCAAGUUGUAUCUACUCCGCAAUACAUGGUAACAAAUGUGCACAAUCAAAAAACAGUGCCCGCCAAUGUAAUCCAACCGUUCACGGUAGAGGACCCAAAUGUGUAUAAUUCAAAACAGUUUAAGAACUCGUAUUAUGCUAUUUAUCCAAACAUGUAAUAUCGCAUCGAUCGUUGAUCAUAUUUGAUCGUCGAUUGAUUGUCUUCGCCCAGUGAUUUUGUUCCAGCUUGUUAUGUCAAAGAAGUCGGUUAUAAGCUGCCUGCUAUAAGAUUAAAAAUCAUGUGGUCAAACAAUCUGAGAUAAUAUUGCAAUAUAAGAAAAAUGAAAAAGAGAAAUAAACAAUAUUCAGUGAAUUCAAGAAGCUAAAAAAUUAUGUUAAAUAAUGUUCAGUGUUUAAAUUUGCUAUAGGGAUGUGCAAAAGAGAAUCUUGAUGCCAAAUUGAAUCAAAUUUCUUUGUUCGAAUCCGAAUCGAAUCAAAGCAACAAACCCGAAUUGAAUUGAGUGGAAUUAUUGAAACAUAACUUUUAAUUCACAACUUAAUCAUUGUUAAGUUGAAUUUUAAUAUAUAAAUAAAAAGAUUUUUAUAU